AUGUCCGCCAUGCCCACGCUUCGGCAGUCGGCCUGCUGUCGGUUCCCCGUCCGACCCCAGACAGCGCAGCGACUCCGAACGACUAGAACGACCACGACGGCGCGAUUUGCCUCGAGCUCCUCCGGCGGCUCUAUUGGCCUUGGUCGCGCCAAGGUCGCCCUGUACGCCACCGCCCUCGCCGCGACCGGUUACGUCGGCUACCUCUACGUGACGGACACACGCGCCUCGCUCCUCCACCAGCACGUUGUCCCGCCGCUGCUGCGCACCCUCUUCCCCGACGCAGAAGAUGCGCACCACGCGGGAUCCAGGAUCCUACAGUUCCUCUACGAGGCCAACCUGCACCCGCGCGAACGGCCGCACCGCCACGCCGAGCCCUCGCAGCUCACGACUGAGGUCUUUGGCGCCACCAUUGACAACCCUGUCGGCAUCUCGGCGGGCCUGGACAAAGACGGCGAGCUGACCGACUUGCUCUUUGGCCUGGGGGCUGGCGUUGUGGAAAUUGGCGGCAUCACGCCCAUGGCGCAAGCUGGCAACGAGCGCCCGCGUUGCUUCCGCGUCUCCGGUCUCGACGGCCUCGUGAACCGGUACGGCCUCAACUCGCAGGGCGCCGACGCCGUGGCCCAACGCCUGCGCACGCGCGUUCGUCGCUUCGCCAGGGCGAUCGGCGCCUCGGAGGAGCAGGUGCUCAACGGCGAGACCCACGUCCCGCCCGGCAGCCUGGUGGACGGCCGCCUGCUCGCGGUGCAGGUCGCCAAGAACAAGGAGACCAACGAAAAGGAUCAGGCAGCGGUGGCGGCCGACUACGUGUACUGCGUGCGCCGCCUAGCGCGGUACGCCGACAUUGUCGUCGUCAACGUCAGCAGCCCCAACACGCCCGGACUGCGCGACCUCCAGGCCACGGAGCCGUUGACGCGCCUGCUCACGGCCGUGGUCGACGCGGCGCACACGACGGACCGCAAGACGCGCCCCAAGGUCAUGGUCAAGGUGUCGCCCGACGAGGACGACGACGCGCAGAUGGCGGGCGUGGUCGAAGCGGUGCACCGCAGCGGCGUCGACGGCGUCAUCGUCGGCAACACCACGAAGCGGCGCACCGGCGUCGUCCCCGACGGCGUGCGACUGUCGGCCAAGGACCAGCGCUCGCUGGCCGAGACGGGCGGCUACUCGGGCCCGGCCAUGUUCCCGCGCACGCUGGACCUGGUCGGCCGCUACCGCAAGAUGAUGGACGCCUACGCGCUCGAGAGCCACGCGACCACCGCCGACAGGGGCGACGCGCGCAAGACACUGUUUGCGACGGGCGGGAUUACGAACGGCGAGCAAGCGCUGCAGGUGCUCAACGCUGGCGCCAGCGUCGCCAUGGUGUACACCACGAUGGUGUAUGGCGGCGCGGGCACGGUUACGAGAAUCAAGAGCGAGAUGGAGAAGCAGGUAUAA